UCAUUUUAUGUGAAAAUGAAAGGAGAUCCAAGUCCCCCUCGUUUGUUAGUUAGUGAUCAGUUUACUCUUCCAGAGCUCGUUGAUCAUAUGCGUCAGGGGCAGACGGUCCUAGGGACUAGCGUCAAGCCCUAUCCCUGGCUAGACUUUGCUACCAGACCUAAAAGUGACACCGAGUUAAAAAUGGAGACACUACUAACUGGAUGCACCUUUAAAACCAUCACUAGCUGUGUGUUAGGAUACCUUUUGGGAGGUGCCUUUGGUUUAUUCACAGCUGGUCUUGAUCCGGCGAUAUCUGAUAAUGUUUCCAAGCAAACAGCCAGAGAUGCUGUUCGUGAGAUGACUCAAAGAGGAGGCUCUUAUGCGAGGAAUUUCGCUGUCGUCGGAGCCAUGUUUUCUGGAACUGAAUGUCUACUUGAAAGUUACAGAGGAAAAGGAGGAAUGAGCAAUAGCGUAAUGUCUGGUUGUAUUACAGGCGGAGUACUAGGACUCCGUGCUGGUGUUCAAGCUGGGGCUGUAGGCUGUGGAGCUUUUGCUGCUUUCUCCGCCGUCAUUGAUUACUUUUUAAGAAGAUAGCAUCACUUAAAAGACUAGUAUUUGAAAAUUAUAUAUAAAUAAUAAUCAUUCAUGUUAAGGAAUUAAAAAUAAUAAUAAUAAUAAUUAUUAUUAUUAUCAUAGUAUUGAUUGAGUCAAGUGAAUGUAAAA